UUUGGCCAUCUUGUCCUGACUUCCAAUGAUGAUGGUUGAAGCAAUCAUUCCUGUAAACCAAAUUUUAAGAAGCUUCGUUUGUGAGUACAUGAUCGGAAAACGGAACAGUCAUUCACGCACGGACGCGAUCAGGUACAUUCUAAACUUCUUCCUGAACAUCCUGGAGUUACUCUCAUCAUGACACCCUCACCUCAUUCUAGGAAAUGCAUUCCCAUCAUUCACAUAGCGGCGCAUUCUGCAAACAUGCUUCUCCUACUUCUUCACCUAGUAGCAUGAUCACAACUGCAAUCGAAAAAGGGUUCACGCAUUAUAAUCUUACAGAACACAUUCCAAGAUCGCACGUUAAUCAUCUUUAUCCAGAGGAAAUCGCAGAGAAUCUAACGCCGAAAGAUCUCAAGACUGCAUUUGAUGAAUACCUCUUAGAAGCAAAGAGCUGUGCAUCAAAGUAUGCUGACCAGAUUCAGAUUCUAGUCGGAGCAGAGCUUGAAAAUAUCGAUGGACGAACGGGCAGCGAAUUAAACUUUGUGGAGGGAAUACUACGAGAUGGUCAAAAAGGUCAAUGGCGAAUAGACUAUGUGGUAGGAAGCGUUCAUCAUGUGCAUGGAAUACCGAUCGAUUUUGAUAAACCAACUUUCGAAAAGGCACUUCUUCGUUUCUCACAAUCUUCCUUACAUGGAAAUGAUCGGAUUCGAUCUCAUUUGCUCUUGAUCAUCGCUUAUCUCGAUGCUCAGCUUGCUCUUAUACAACGCUUUCAACCAGAAGUGAUUGGUCACUUUGAUCUUUGCAGAUUGUUCGAAAAAGACACCCCAAUGACGUUAGCGGGCAAAGAUAGGAUACCCGUAGAACUACACCCUCUUCUGGCAGAAGUCGAUGCAGCUGUUAAGAGGAAUGUGAAAGCAGCAACAAGCUAUGGCUCCUUAUUUGAGAUCAAUACUGCAAGCGUUCGUAAAGGUUGGCCUACACCGUAUCCUGGGGAAGAUGUUCUUGAUAUCGUACUAGCGCACAAUGGGAGAUUGUGUCUAUCUGAUGACGCACAUUCACACGAACAAGUCGGUCUCAAUUAUCACAAGGCAUACCAAUAUCUUCACAGGAAAGGAGUGACUGAAGUAUACUAUUUAACAAAGACUGCCAAUUCUUCCUCAUCUCAGCCAUUCUCUAGAGGGACACACGCGGAUAAGAUACCCUUGAACGUCUUGAACGACUUCAUAGUCAAGCAAUCGCCAAAAUAGGUGUGAUGUAUUAUGAAUAGAUAGAUUGCA